AGGUUCGUGAAGCCAGACGAGGUGGCGAAGCUGUGGGGCCACAUGAAGCAGAACGAGAACAUGACGUUCGAGAAGUUCAGCCGAGCCAUGCGGUACCACUACCGGCAGAUGGUGCUGGUGUCCGUGCCCACGGCGCGCCUCGUCUACCAGUUCGGCCACAAGGGACCCGACUUCAAGACCGACAACCCCAACUUUGUCAAAGUGAAAUCAGAAAAUGUCACCGACAUGUCUUAUUCUUAGUUUAAAUGAACAAAGUACUACUAGGCUAAAAUUUGUUGAAAGUCGAUGCUCAGAGUAAGAUAAACAGUGAUAUGAUGAUGGUUACGUUUAGUAUCUAGAAUCUUGUCCUUGGAGGAGUAGGAGGAAUACGAAAUACAGUAAUUAGGUAAGUUUGGGCAGACAAGUCGAGAUGAUAGCUGGCCACAGUUCGGUGACAGAGACAGAGGAAGUGUUUGUUAAUGUGUGUCUAUUCUAUGAUAAUGUCAAUUGAUUUUUGCAAAAAGUCAUCGUUCCACCCAAGGGCAUUAUUGAAAUGAAUAGUUAUAAUCAGGUUAUUUGGAUGAAGUGGGAUCACCUCCAAGCUUAGAUGGUCAUUAGAUUGUCUUGGAACACUCUAACGACUACUAUUUAAGUUCAACUUUACUGCAAGUUGGCAACAUGGUUGACGUACCGAGCCGCGGCCGCGUACGGUUGUUGUUGAGAUCAAGGGCUGAAAUAUUUAAAUUAGAUUUUAGUCAUGAUCGUGUUCUUUAUACGUAAUUUUUCUUAUGAUAUCUUUGUAUUAAUAAAUACGUAAUGUUUAACAAAUGUUUUCAUGUUAUAGUCUAAAUAUUGCUAGCAAAAUUCGGGCGCGGUGUGCAACUUGGAGGUGGUCUCGAAGUUAAGUGUUUCGAAAGUUAUAUGAAUGUAUUUAGCUAAGAUAGGCUCAAUGUUUGAAUCGAAAUAGUUUCAAUGGUUGUACUCGUGGAUGUUGGAUCAAUUACUUGUUGGAUAUACUGUGUAUUGGUUGGAUACCGAUCGGUUGGAUUGUGCCGUCAAUUAACUCGUGCCGACGCGAUGUGUCGGUGCGUCCAUAUUAUUUUUUUAAGUAAUUUUAUUAGUAUUUUAUUCUCGAUGUACGAUUGUACUGUCGAACAAAAAUUUUGAUGGUUGUUUAUGUAGGAACAUUACGAAUUUUUGAUAAAGUAUUUUUAAUUGUUGUUACCGUAUGAUACGUGUGUGUAAUACGUAGUGUGUUAUGAUAUUGCGAACAUUCCAAUUAAUUUAUAAAUAGCUCUAAGUUGUUUAGUGUCCACUUACUUCAUAGUAUACUUAAGCAUAUUUCAAGUUGCCAUAAUUAUGUAUUUGUAUACGUAAAACGAUAAUGUACUUAAUUUCAUAGUUUCUUUGAAUUCAUGUCAUUUCUCGAACUAAUAUUUCAUCAUAAAUUCAUCUCUAAUUGUAAUUUAAAUAAAUUUUAUACUGUUAUUUAAAAUUCCCGUCUCAGUGUUAGUUUAAAAUUAAAAAUCUUAAUAUUAAAAAAGCGCGCAAUAUUGUGCAAAUAAAAAUAAAAUGACAAGAAAGAUCUGCAGGCCAAAGAUUAGUUUUGAUGGAAAAGAUUUGUUAAUUUAAGGUUUAAAAAGUAAAAAGUAUCAUGUUUUUGACAAUUUAAUUUUAAUAUGUUCUAGUGUUUAAGUUUGCGACUCUCAGGCACACGCUGUGAUGUAAGAUAAAUUGAAACAUUGUUUUUCUGUAAAUAGUUCCUUUCAGCCGUCAUCUGCUAUCCAGUACAGCAAUGUUAUGUACAUAGCCAUAUAUUGUAACUAUGUAUACACACGUAUAUAGUAAUAUAUUAACCUCAUCCUUCAACGAAAACUAAUAUAUUUAUUAAAAUAACAGAUAAUAUAAUAAUUUAUGGAAUAAGAUUGAUUUUACCAUAUAUUUAUUUAUGUAUCUUUAUAUAAAGUGACAGUACAAAGCCUGUGUCUUAACAGAACAACGAUUUUAACUCUCUUCACAAUAGUAAUUAGGUUCAUUUUGAAAUGUAUUAAGAUCUAAGUUAUGGCUAGUCUGUUGUAGUGGAACUUGAUACUUUACAUUAUAUUAAUGUGGAACUACUUUGGGAAACAAUUAUAUUUUAAUAUAUAGGUACAUAAUAUACUUGUUGAUUUAGAUUUUUCUUUUACAAGAUGUUUUUAAUGAGCAUCGCAUUUAAGUACAAUAGUUUUAAAAGCAUUUACUUGUAGCCAGUCCAUAUAUACAUACUGUUUACCUUAUAUAUAGUAGUUUUCCCAACAAAAGAUGUGUCUGCCAUGUCAUGUUCUCAAAGUUAUUCCAUUUUUAAUAGUUUGUAAGUCACAAAGGUGCAUAAUUCCAGUUAUUAAGUAUUUAUAGGCGUUAAACAAUUUUGUUUCGUAUUAUGUUCAUGAUAAGAUUAUUUUUUCUUUAUUUCUUAGUAAACUGUAGAUGUAUAAUUAUCGUGCAAUUGAUGAAAAGACAGAUUUUAUGUAUUAUUUCUUAAUAGUUAUGUGAAAAUAAGAAGAGAAAUAUACGAUUUAUGAAUGUGAAAUAA